GAGAUGUACACUAUUGAGAGGAAUGCGGAAAGGACAGCGUCUGCGGGCAGGCUGCUCUACGACAUGUUUGUGAAUUUUCCAGACCAACCUGCUGUAUGGAGGGAGAUCAGCGUUAUUACAUCAGCGUUAAGGAAUGACUCGCAGGACAAGCAGACACAGUUUUUAAGAGGAUUAUUUGAAACCCUUCCUGGCCGAGUCCAGUGUGAAAUGUUACUGAAGGCCACGGAGCAGUGUUUUAACACACUGGAAAGGGCAGAAAUGCUGUUACUGCUUCUGCGACGCUUCCCAGAGACUGUGGUGCAACACGGGGUAGGCCUUGGAGAAUCAUUAUUAGAGGCUGAAAGUAUUGAAGACCAAGAAUCCCCAGUGAAUUGCUUUAGAAAGUUAUUUGUUUGUGAUGUUCUUCCUCUAAUAAUUAACAACCCUGAUGUUCGUCUUCCUGCCAGCUUGUUAUACAAGUAUCUGAAUAAAGCAGCAGAAUUUUAUAUUAACUAUGUAACUAGAUCUACACAGACAGAAAGCCAGUAUCAAGGUUCACAAGAUUCCUCUGAUAUUAUGUCUCCAAGCAAGCGUAGCUCUCAGAAAUACGUAAUAGAUGGUCUCACGGAGAAAUCAUCCCAGAUUACAGAUCCUUGGGAGAGGCUCUUUAAAAUACUGUCUGUGGUGGGAAUGAGGUGUGAAUGGCAAAUGGAUAAGGGAAGAAGAAGUUUUGGUGAUAUAUUGCAUCGAAUGAAAGACCUCUGCAGAUACAUCAGUAACUUUGAUAGUGAUGCACACGCUAAAUAUAAGAAUCAAGUCGUGUAUUCCACGAUGCUGGUCUUCUUUAAAAAUGCAUUCCACUAUGUCAGCAACAUCCAGCCAUCGCUCUUCCAAGGUCCAAAUGCUCCAAACCAAGCCCCACUGAUUCUUCUCGAGGAUGUGCCCAACAUCUAUGGUGAUACAGAUAUUGAUCGUAACAAACACAUACACAAAAAGAGGAAGCUUGCUGAAGGAAGAGAAAAACCAAUGCAGAGCUCAGAUGAUGAGGAUCCUUCUGGGAAGGCACGGAGUCGCCAUAUUACAGUAAACAAGGCAGAUCUUGCAAACUCUAUUGAAGUGUUAGAGAGCUUCAAACUGGCGAGAGAGAGCUGGGAGCUGCUCUAUUCUCUGGAGUCACUUGACAAAGAAUUCACCAGAAUUUGUUUGUCAUGGAAGACAGACACCUGGCUUUGGUUAAGAAUUUUUCUUACAGACAUGAUCAUCUACCAGGGGCAGUACAAAAAAGCAAUUAGCAGCCUACAUCACUUGGCAGCUCUUCAGGGCUCUCAUUCUCCACAGCAAAUGACAGGACAAGGAUCACUAGAGAAUCAGAGAGCACUAAUCCAGUUAGCAACCUGCCACUUCGCCCUGGGAGAAUAUCGGCAAACAUGCGAAAAAGUGCUUGACCUCAUGUGCUGUAUUUUACUUCCAAUACAAGAAGGAGGUAAAGUACAAGAGGAGCAACCUAAAGUAAAGACUAAAUUCAGGAAAGGGUCUGAUUUGAAGCUCUGGCCAUGUACCAGCAGAGCUAUCAUGCCUUACUGCCUUCACCUCCUGUUAGCUUGUUUCAAGCUCAGAGCUUUCACAGACACCAGAGACGACAUGGCGCUGGGCCACGUAGUUGUUCUGCUUCAGCACGAGUGGCCACGGGGUGAGAACUUGUUCCUGAAAGCCAUCAACAAAAUCUGCCAACAAGGAAACUUCCAGUAUGAGAAUUUUUUCAACUAUGUCACAAAUAUUGAUAUGUUGGAGGAAUUUGCUUAUUUAAGAACACAGGAAGGAGGGAAAAUUCAUCUGGAAUUGUUGCCAAAUCAAGCAAUGUUGAUCAAGCAUCACACAGUUACCCGAGGUAUAACUAAAGGAGUGAAAGAAGAUUUCCGCCUGGCCAUGGAGCGCCAGGUCUCGCGCUGUGGGGAGAAUCUCAUGGUGGUCUUGCAUAGGUUCUGCGUGAAUGAGAAAAUACUGCUGCUUCAGACUCUUGCUUGAACGGACCGGACCAUGAUGCAGUGUGUCUGACGGAGAGAGGGGAAGGCUCUUCACUGUAUGAACAGCCUCUUGGCAGGGGGAAAUCCCUUGUCCAGAGAAGUUCCUUAUUGAGUUACAGGUUCUCCAGUACACAAACACUACUCAGUGUUUGUUCACCACUUUUAGUUUUCUUAUCUGGGUAGAUCAAACUUUAUAAAUAAAACUUUGUUUAAGAAGU